AUGACGGUGAUCCGUCAGAAGCCACACAAAUUGUUGACGAAAUUAGGAAUUACUACUAUUGUAGCGAACAUGUCAUAUCCCUAUACUCGAAGUCUGACUUAUGUUGAGUUUCCAACCAAGUUUGUUUGGAAGGACGAUUCUUCAAAGUGGUUUCCUCGAAAAAAAGGCUUCGCAAUUGGAAGGUUGACUCAUGUACCUGCAGAGUUAACAAUGUCAGAUGAUGAGAUUAAGCAGUUGUGCUUAAUAGAUAUAGACAAGAUCUUACAUUUCUAUGGUACAACCUUAAAAGACUAUCCUCAUAUGCCUUUAGCAACUGAAGUUGAUAAUUUUUUGUUAACCGAAAGAGUUAUAAGGGAAGAGCUAAACUUUAACAGGGAUGAUUUAAAGAAAAAUGCCUCAAACAUAGGUACUGAAAAAAUAUUUCUCUGGAACCUUAUGUCUGCUGAAAUUCGCUCAAGGGGUGAUAUAGUGUUAAACAUUGCUUUGAGUGGUAUUGCAUCUUUACUUCUUCCCAAUAGAAUAACGGCACACUCAAGGUUCAAAAUACCGCUGAAUAUAACUGAGGAGAUUCUCAAAGAUUUGUCCUUUGGAGGAAAAGUGGUUGUACUAGGUGGAGACUUUAGACAAAUUCUUCCUGUCAUUCCACGAGAAUCGAGACAAGAUAUCGUUCAUUCAACCGUGAAUUCGUCUUACCUUUGGAAGUUUUGUCAGGUGGUCAAACUAACAAAAAAUAUGAGACUCUCUGUAGGGAUGACUGCUUCAGAUCAAGAUGAGACAGAGCAAUUUGGUGAGUGGUUAUUGAAAGUUGGUGAUGGUCUAAUAGGUGACAAUAUGGAUGGUGAAUCUGAGAUAUGUCUUCCAGGAGAUAUUGUCAACAACCAUCUGAUGGCUAUCAUUCCUGGAGGAGAAAAAUUAUAUCUUAUUUCGAAUUCUAUUUGUAUGGAUGAAGGGAAUAUGGAGAGUCAACUAGAUCUCUAUGGUCCUGAAUUACUGAAUAGCAUAAAUUGCUCUGGUUUGCCUCCACAUAAAUUAAUACUCAAGGUUGGUGUUCCGGUGAUGUUACUGAGGAAUAUUGACCAAUCCAGUGGUCUUUGUAAUGGUACAAGGCUACAAGUUAGGAAGCUUGAAAAUCAUGUCAUAGAAUGUGAAGUCUUAUCGGGUAACAAUGUUGGUCAUAUUGCUUUGAUUUCAAGAAUGAAUAUGGUACCAACAAAUGAAACCGUCCCAGUUAGAUUCCAACGAAGACAGUUUUCCAUAAUAGUAUCGUUUGCCAUGUCAAUUAAUAAGUCUCAGGGACAAACUUUAUCUCAUGUUGGAUUGUAUUUGCCCAGACCAGUUUUUACACAUGGCCAACUAUAUGUGGCACUUUCAAGAGUUAAGAGUAAGAGAGGUUUAAAAGUUUUACUUAUGAAUUACGUAGGAAUGUCUGCAAAUUCAACCAUCAAUGUUAUUUAUAAAGAAGUCUUUGAAAAAAUAGUAUUCUAA